AUGAAUGAAACACUAAUUGAAACCGGUCAAGAAGAUUAUAACAAACCAAUAAACUCGCCAAAUCUUCUAUUCCUUAUUUCGAAACGUGGUGACCCGAAUUAUCCGAUAUUACAAAGAUAA